UAUUUUUAAGCUGGAGACCCAGAGAGAGAAGUCAGUGCCCCAAGAGGAGCCCACUACUUGGACAGGAUACUUUGGAAAAGUACUGAUGGCCUCCACAACAUACCUGCCCGCACAUGUAACAGAGAUGUUCACUCAAGGAAGGGCAUUUGCUACAGUCAGACUGCCCUUUUCAGGUCAUAAGAACAUCUGCGCUCUGGCCAUAAUCCAGAAGAUCCCACGCCUGCUGGUGGCUGCAGCAGAUGGCUAUCUUUACCUGUACAAUCUGGACCCACAGGAGGGGGGAGAGUGCACACUAAUGAAACAGCAUAAGUUAGAUGGAAGUGUAGAGGCAGCGAAUGAAAUCCUUGAGCAAACAGCUCACGACCGGCCGCUUGUGGCACAGACCUACAGUGCUGCUGUUGCCAAAGGUUACACUGAGGAUCAGGGGGCGGUGGGGGGUGCCGGGGUGGAGGAGGACAUGAACGCCCUGCACCUGGACGAAGAGAACGAGCACCCUCCAUUAAUCCUGGAAACAGACUGAGCUGUCCUGGGCCGAAGAUGGAAGCGACUGAGUGACAUUGCAGAGGGGGUUUCCUCCUCUGGUGCUGCUAUGGACAUGUGUGACCUGAUAAGAGAAAGGGAUUCAAAGAGAGAUCAUUUUAAAGCGAGCCUAGCUGUAGCCUUAUUCUGUCUGUUGUUGCGUAUAGAUGUUUCCCAUCCCCCAUCCUUGUGGCUUUCUAAAACCUGGUGAAUUUUUUUCUUUGCUUUCCUUUUUUUUUAAGGCCCAGUUAUGUCCUUAAUCAGACCAAAAUAUGAAAUCCAAGCUGCAGGUGUCCCGUUUCUUAGCUUUGCAUGUACAUGUGCCAAGAUUAGAAGUUCUAGAAAACCUUAGCUUUCAUGUGAAUGGUUCUGAUGUGUUUGCUGGCCAUUUCUCAUCUUGAACUUUGACAAACACUUGUGUGCUUGUGCAUUUGUGUCUUUUUUUUUUUUAAUUGUGAUUGAAAGUGAACUGGCUUGCGCCGCCUGCUAUACGUCUCCACACAACUGUGCAGUGUCUGCGUUGUUGAAGUCCCUUACCACUCAUCAACAUCUGUGGCUGUGCAAUGGCACCAAGAUGUGAAUGUUGUCCUGUAAUAACAAUGUAUAUGAUGUGUUAACAUGGACGGCCUGGUUACGUUACUGUGUUUAUAACAGGCUGAGAGAGUUGUUUUUAGUUUUAUCUUGAAUGACUGCAUCUGUACGCACAUAUGCUUUACAGUACUCUUUUAAUUAAUCCCAUGCCACAUUAUGGGGUAAAUGGGCAACGUGGAGAACAAAACUUUAAUUUGGUUUUGAAUUACCCCUAGUGUCUUCAUUUGGCCUGAUUUCUUUUGAAGUUUUAUUAUUUUAAGUUACAAACACUUAAGUAACCUCAGUUGUAGAACGGACGACUGAUGAAGGCGUUUAAUGUAUUGAUUUGAGAGGGAACUAGUCUGUGAUGAACGUGGUUUCAAGAGGCAGUUAGUCAUCAACUUGUUUCAAGGACAUUUGUGUUUUAUUCGUAAUGAAAGAAUGAAUGAAGGAAGGAAGGAAGCUGUCUCUUUGAUUUAUUCUCAAUACCAGCAGCUGAUGAUUGCUCAUGAGCCUCAUUUUAGGUAGGUCCCUAUUUUGGAGGCCUUGUCCUUUGCAAAGAAGAAAAUCUGAAUAUAUUUCACCAAAACGUCAAUCUUUUAGUAAAAGGUUGCAGCAUUUAGCUUACAAAUGGGGUGUGUUCUCUUUAAGACAUCCCUGUGGUCUGGCAGUCGCACCAGAACAGGUCAAACGUUUCAUGUGAUAACCAGGGUCCUUUUGAAAAAUGAGAGGACCAGGGUUUAUGAAUGUAAUUAACAUAUAUUUACAAAACGCAAGUGUGUCCAAAUAAGCACACAGGUCAAACAGACAGUAUAGGCCUUCAGAGAUACCGUCUGAAUUCUUGGAGCUCUAAAGGAUCUUGAGAUCAUUUGUAGCAUGAUUGUCUCUUGAGCAUGUUUUGAUGUUGCAUAUCAACAAAUGUCAAGGUCAGGAAUAAAAUGACUUAUGUUCUCAUCAGCCAGUGAGCCCUAAUCCCCCAAGGCCACUUUAAUCUGUUUUCUAAUGAUUUUUGUAUAAAAUGUAAAUUGUUCCAUUUAAAGAUUAAAUAAAUCCUCUGUUGAAAAUG